AUGAACAACAGGGAGACAACAGCAUUCAGCAACAACACACAAUGGUUGACUGUCUCUGACUCUACCACUGCUCCACCCACCACACCGGAUACAACGACCACUAGUCCUGAAACAACUACCACUGCUCCACUCACCACACUUAAUACGACUACCCCAGCUUCAACUGCUGAUGCAGCGUUUGUCACAACUCCAUUGACAACAACAACUACCACUGCUCCACCCACCACUCCUGAAACCACUACCACUGCUCCACCAGCCACGCCUGACACAUCUACCCCAGUUUCAACUGGUGAUGCAGCAUUUGUCACAACUCCAUUGACAACAACCACUGCUCCGCCCACCUCACCUGAAACAACUAUCCUGGCUUCAACCAUAAAUGCGGCGUUUGUCACAACUCCAUUGACAACAACAACUACCACUGCUCCACCCACCACACUUGAAACCACUACCACUGCUCCACCCACCACACCUGCAACAACUACCACUGCUGCAUCCACCACACCUGAAACCACUACCACUGCUCCACCCAUCACACUGAAUACAACUACCCCAGCUUCAACUGGUGAUGCAGCGUUUGUCACAACUUCAUUGACAACAACAACAACAACUACCACUGCUGCAUCCACUACACCUGAAACAACUACCACUGCUUCACCCACCACACUUGAAACCACUACCACUGCUCCACCCACCACACCUGCAACAACUACCACUGCUGCAUCCACCACACCUGAAACCACUACCACUGCUCCACCCACCACACCUGCAACAACUACCACUGCUGCAUCCACUACACCUGAAACCACUACCACUGCUCCACCAGCCACGCCUAACACAACUACCUCAGCUUCAACUGGUGAUGCACCCUUUGUCACAACUCCAUUGACAACAACAACUACAACUGCUCCACCCACCACAAUGAAUACAACUACCCCAGCUUCAACUGGUGAUGCACCCUUUGUCACAACUCCAUUGACAACAACAACUACAACUGCUCCACCCACCACACCUGAAACCACUACCACUGCUGCAUCCACCACACCUGAAACAACUACCACUGCUCCACCAGCCACGCCUGACACAACUACCCUAGCUUCAACUGGUGAUGCACCCUUUGUCACAACUCCAUUGACAACAACAACUACCACUGCUCCACCCAUCACAACGGAUACAACAACCACUAUUCCACACACCACGCCUGAAACAACUACCACUGCUCCACCCACCUCACCUAAUACAACUACCCCCGCUUCAACCAGUGAUGCACCAUUUGUCACAACUCCAUUGACAACAACAACUACCACUGCUCCACCCACCACACCUGAAACAACUACCACUGCUCCAACCACCACACCUGGAACAACUACCACUACUCCACCCACCACACCUAAUACAACUACCCCCCGCUUCAACCAGUGA